AUGCCCCUGGAGGCGCCAAGGGUCAAGGUCCUGGCGGUGUUUGCCUGCAUAGUGUUGAUCAUCACAUGGGCUUUGGUGUGGUCAGACUCGGCCAUUCCGCCCGGCACUCCGGAAGCAAAUCACGGAGCAGAUGCGGGCAUUUCUCUUUUGCCAAUCGCACUCCCUCAGGGAGUGGACCAUGCUGCUGUCGUUUUGUCAGACCCGAGUACAACAGGAGCAGCUUUCGCCUCUUGCAUUGCGUCGGCUACAGAUUCGCUGGCAGCAGAGCCAAGCCGUUCCGAGCCCGACCGCCACCAGCCUCCCAUCGGCUGCGCCCGCAGCAAAAACUCCAUCGCAACACAAGCGCAAUCGAUAACCCAGGCGCCGUCGCCAGCAGAGCCUGCACUGCCAACUUCCCAAGCUUCUUCGGCAUCUCCACGAGGAUGGUACCAGCUCCCUGCGGAUCAUCCACGAGUGCUCGCCAGACAGGCCGCCGCCGACUGGAACAAGACAUUCGACGUCUAUCAGCCCCCUGAUUCAUGGCGGUGCCCGUAUGAGAACGAGACUCGUUGGUUCUGGGACACGGAUACGGUUGCCGAAAUUGGGGUCGACUGGAAGACAGCGUUGACUGUUGCGCUCACCAACAAGACGGUCGGCAUCCAUGGCGACUCACUCACCCUGCAAACAAUCUCAGUGUUCCUGAACCUGGUGGAGUCGGCCGGCUUUGAGUUGGUCAAAGUGAAGCGAAUCACUCGCUUUACCGGCUACUUUCCCGCUCUCAACUUCACCCUCAUCGCCAACUACGUCCCCUACAUUGUCGACAUGUUGGGCGAAAAGCCGUACCCUCAGCUGAGUUUGGAUCGCCUCUCCCAAGCGUUCACCAUCAUGGCCGAUGCUGCUGACUACAUGGUGAUCAACAUAGGUCUGCACCUCAUGUCUAACAACUACAAAUUUGAGAACUCCUCGUGGGUGGAUGCGUACACUCACAUCAUUCGCGUGGCUCGAGACGCCGCGUCUGCCCGCCAGGAUCGAAAUCCUGCAGCUCGCACCUUCUUUCGCCUGACUCCUCCAAGGCACUUCCAGGGCGGCGACUACGACAGCGGUGGCUUGUGCAACGACCGUGAACCAAAGUGGGGCGCCACUUACUCAGACUUCAACCUUGGGGAGGACCAGUUGCUUCAAAACCGAAUCGUCAGCGAAGAGGUUGCUCGCGACCCUCGGCUAGAAAUCCUGGACGUCGUUCCUUGCACGGUCGAGCGUGUCGACGCGCACCGUGGUGGAAACGAUUGUGUGCACUUUUGUUUGCCCGGUGGUGGGCCCGUUCGUGUCUGGGUUGAGAUGCUCAUACGAAGAUUGUAUGACGGUCGCGUUUAG